ACAGAGCAUCUUCUUCAGGGUGUGUCCUGGUGGUGGCAUUGAUUUUCUUCGAACGUUCAUAGGUUAUCGAAUCGGUCUUAAAAUUCCAAGAUGCAUCAGGAUCCUGCAAUAGUCAUGCCACCGUAAAUUAAAAGAAAAACAAAAAACGUAUGGCGCUGGCGCUUCUGCUGCUUCGAUCCCAUUGAAAAGUAAGUAUAUAUGCUCGGAAACUCCCUAUAUACUUUCCAGAUAAACCCUACAAGGAUGGCAGCAGCUUCCGCCGUUAACGGAGCCGUGAGAAUGGACAUAGCCUCGCAGGCAUAUCUGGAGGGCAGCAGAGUCAGUGAAACGAAGGCCUUGAUUGCGGAGCUCUGCCGCCAUUUUUACCACCUGGGCUGGGUGUCGGGCACCGGCGGCAGCAUCACAAUUAAGGUUCACGACGACUCCGUUCCCAAAUCGCAGCAGCUUAUCGUCAUGUCCCCCUCAGGUGUGCAGAAGGAGAGGAUGAUGCCUGAGGAUAUGUAUGUGCUAUCUUCCGAUGGAUCUGUAUUAUCUGCGCCUUCGGGGAAGCCAUGGCCGAAUAAGCCUCCCAAAUGUUCCGAUUGCGGCCCCAUCUUCUUGAAGGCGUAUGAAAUUAGGAAUUCCGGUGCAGUUAUCCACAGCCAUGGGAUGGAGACUUGCAUUGCCACAAUGAUCGAUCCAUUGUCGAAAGAAUUUCGGAUCACUCACAUGGAAAUGAUCAAAGGAAUUCAGGGCCAUGGUUAUCAUGACGAGCUUGUUGUGCCGAUUGUAGAGAAUACUGCCCAUGAGCGAGAGCUGGCAGAUACUUUUGCCGAAGCAAUUAAAGCAUACCCAAAAACUACAGCUGUGCUUGUUCGGAAUCAUGGGUUAUAUGUGUGGGGAGAUUCAUGGAUCAGCGCAAAAACACAGGCCGAAUGCUACCAUUAUCUGUUUGAAGCUGCCAUUAAACUCUAUCAGCUGGGAUUGGACUGGACUACGCCAUCCCACGGUCCAAUUCAAAUUCCAAAAGGAGUUCCAGGCACUCUUGGUAAAGUCCCUACGAAGGCGGGAGCUUUAAACGAAGGUGCUGGCAUGGCAAGGCGCUGCAUUUUACUGGACAUUGAAGGAACUACUACCCCGAUAACAUUUGUUGCCGAUGUCCUAUUCCCAUAUGCGCGUGAUAAUGUGAGGAAGCAUUUGGAACUGACAUAUGAUACAGCCGAAACAGCAGAGGAUAUUAAAUUGCUGCGAGCUCAAGUGCAAGAAGACAUAGAAAACGGCAUUGAAGGGGCAGUCCCAAUUCCAUCGGAUGGAGAGAAAGAGGCAGUAAUCGCCGCUUUGGUUGCUAACGUGGAAGCUAUGAUUAAAGCUGAUAGGAAAAUUACUUCCUUGAAACAAUUACAGGGACAUAUUUGGCGAUCUGGGUUCUGGAAUAAGGAGAUAAAAGGCGUCGUGUAUGAUGAUGUGCCCGAUGCACUAAAGAAGUGGCAUUCUUCCGGAAUCAAGGUAUACAUAUAUUCUAGUGGAAGCCGAUUGGCGCAAAGGCUUUUAUUCGGCAAUACGAAUCAUGGGGAUCUCAGAAAAUACUUAUCUGGAUUUUUCGACACCACAGUAGGGAACAAGAAAGAAACCCAAAGCUACAUUGAGAUCACAGAAUCUCUGGGAGUAGAUAAUCCGGCACAAGUUUUAUUCGUCACAGAUGUCUAUCAAGAAGCCAUUGCAGCUAAAGCAGCAGGUUUGGAAGCGAUAAUAUCCAUUCGGCCCGGGAACGGGCCUCUGCCGGAGAAUCAUGGGUUCAAGACAGUCGAGUCAUUCUCAGAAAUAUAGAUGAGGAAUUUUCAAUAAACCUGGUGUGUGGUAUGUAGCUUAAGUAUGAAUAAGAAGAUGAUGAUUGAUGAUUAAUUAUAAGGUUUUCUUGAAUUGCAAUGAAUCAAUCAAUUAAGUA